GUGGUUUAUUAAAAAAUAUAUAAUUUAGAUUAUGGAGCCAUGUUCUUUCUUUUUCUCUCUCGCUCUCUUCAUGUUUCUUUUUUUUUUGUGGGGGUCGGACAACAGGCCAACUGAGGCCAACAGACAGUGACAUACACACAGCUGCACCAGGUUUUUUUUUAUGCUAAAUUUUGCUUUGAUGCACGUGUAAGUGUUCUAGUGCAAAAAACAAUUUAAAAUCAUGUCUUCAAAAGAGUUGGAACCAUUUAAAAAACGAGCUGAACUUGCGGAACAAGAAAUUGAAAAAUUGUGGAAAGAAUUUGAAAGAUUAAAGGGAUUAGAAAUACCUGGUGAAUGUUCUUCUGAUAAUAGUGAAAUUUUAAAAUUACGACAAGAAAAUACAAAAUUAAAAUACCGGCUAACAAUUUUAAAAAAAUUUGUUGACUCAUUGAGAGAAAAAGAAAAAGCAAAUAACGAAGAUAAUUCACCAAAAAUGUUGAGUAUACAAGAAGAACUUGAAAAGAUAUUUUUAGAUGGAAUUACAGAAGCAUUUCCUGAUAUUGUAGAUCCUCCAGUGAUUAUCUCAGUAUCUAGUAAAGAUCCAAAAUUUGGUGAUUAUCAAUGUAACAGUGCAAUGUCACUGUCAAAGCUUUUAUCUGCACAAGGAAAAAAGGUAUCACCACGUGAUGUUGCUAAUAGUAUUGUUGAAAAAGUAAAAUCAUCAAAAUUUAUUGAAAAACUUGAAAUUGCUGGUCCAGGUUUUAUAAAUAUUUAUCUUUCACGUGAAUAUGCAUUUAGUGCAUUGACAACACUUGUACAAGCUGGUAAAGUACCACCACCAUAUGUUGAAAAAAAAAAAAUUGUCGUUGAUUUUUCAAGUCCAAAUAUUGCUAAAGAAAUGCAUGUUGGUCAUUUAAGAUCAACAAUAAUUGGUGAAAGUAUUUCUAGAUUACUUGAGUAUCUUGGACAUGAUGUAUUACGUUUAAAUCAUGUUGGUGAUUGGGGUACACAAUUUGGUAUGUUAAUUGCACAUUUACAAGAUGAAUUUCCAAAUUAUCUUAAUGUAUCACCAGCAAUUAGUGAUCUUCAAUCAUUUUAUAAACAAUCAAAAAAACGUUUUGAUGAAGAUGAAGAAUUUAAAAAACGUGCAUAUAGUUGUGUUGUUAAACUUCAAGCAUUUGAUCCAGAUAUAAAAAAAGCUUGGGAGAUGAUUUGUGAUGUAUCACGUAUUGAAUUUGAAAAACUUUAUAAACGUCUUGAUGUUAGUAUUAUUGAAAGAGGUGAAAGUUUUUAUCAAAAAAUGAUGGAAAAAUUAGUUAUUGAAUUGGAAAAAAAUAAUUUUUUGGAAGAAGAUGAAGGUAGAAAAAUUAUGUGGGGUGAUAAUGAUAAAAAAACUGGUAUUCCAUUGACAGUUGUUAAAUCAGAUGGUGGUUUUACAUAUGAUACAUCUGAUAUGGCAUGUAUUAAACAUCGUAUUGAAGAAGAAAAAGCUGAUUGGGUUAUUUAUGUAACUGAUGGUGGUCAAUCUGUACAUUUUCAAACAAUUGAAAGUUGUGCAAAACGUGCAGGUAUAUUAAAUAAUAAUGUUAAAAUGGAUCAUGUACCAUUUGGUGUUGUAUUAGGUGAAGAUAAAAAAAAAUUCAAAACACGAUCUGGUGAUACAGUAAAAUUAUUAGAUUUACUUGAUGAAGGAUUAAAAAGAGCACUUGAUAAAUUAAAAGAAAAAGGACGUCAUCAAGAAUUAACUGAUGAAGAAUUAAAAAAAGCACAAGAAUCAGUUGCUUAUGGUUGUAUUAAAUAUGCUGAUCUUUCACACAAUAGAAAUCAUGAAUAUGUAUUUUCAUUUGAUAAAAUGUUAGAUGAUAAAGGUAAUACUGCUGUUUAUCUUCUUUAUGCAUUAACUAGAAUUAAAUCAAUUGCUAGAAAUGCAAAUAUAUCACGUGAAAAAAUUAUUGAAGCUAUUGAAAAUACUAAAAUUAGUUUGGAGCAUGAAAAAGAAUGGAAAUUGGGAAAAAUAUUACUUAGAUUUCCAGAAAUUUUACUUAAAAUAACUAAAGAUUUAUAUCUUCAUCCAUUGUGUGAAUAUUGCUAUGAUGUUUGUUGUGCAUUUACUGAAUUUUAUGAUAAAUGUUAUUGUGUUGAAAAAGAUAAAUCUGGUGAAAUUAUUAAAGUUAAUAUGGGAAGAAUAUUAUUAACUGAAGCAACAGCUAUUGUUCUUGAACAGUGCUUUUUAUUACUUGGUUUAAAACCAGUUGAUCGUAUGUAAUAUUUUUUUUUUUUUUUACUAACAUAAUAAUAAUUUCAAUAAUAAAAAAAAAAUACUUUGAAAGAAAAAAUUUAAUUGUAUUUUAUUUAAUUACAUAUUUUUAUAUUUACA